AUGGCAGAGUCCAAGGAAGAUAUUGUGGCUGACAAUCGCCCUCAAUCCUACAUUCAGGGAGCAAGACUUCAUCUCACUACUGCUGCUCUCGCCCUGUAUCUGUUCUUGACCAUUCUUGAAAUUCCUAUUGUUACGAUCGCCUUGAUCAGCAUCACCGAAGAACUUGGGGGCUUGAACAAGAUCUAUUGA